AUUGCUGUUCAUUGCCCAACAACCAGCAAUUAUCUUACACAACACCUCUGCCCAACAUGUUCGGAUUUCGCAAGACCCUCGACAUAAUCACGCUCUUCCACAAGGCGAGCUCUCCAGCCUCUGUGCGAGUGUCCAACCUGCUGAAGCAGGCAUCCACGAGCGCCCAGACGAGUGCCGUCGACGAUGCCAGUGCUCGCCGCGACCCAUUUGAGCUCAACAUCACCGAGGACGCCCCAACCCUCGAUCAGGUGGAGACAAUCUUGCAGUACGUUGGCCAGAACGGCGCCGCUCAGGUCGUCAAGGGCGCAAGAGACGACAAGGAUGCGCUGAGGAAGUUCAAGGAGAACAAGGAGAACUUGCUACGGCCGCUGACGGUUGACUGGAGCAACGGCAAGGCGAUUGCAGGGGACAACGAGUCCGAGAUCUUGAAGCUACUAAACGCUCAGAAAUGAGCAUCGCAAGCAAAUCAUCAUGUAUAAAAAAAAAAAGCUUCAUAAGCUGCAUCUUCAUAUAUACCCCACUCCUUGGAACAAAACUAUCUGGGCAUUAUAGACGGUAGUGAGAAAAAAAAA